ACACUGGAUAUUAUUAAUCCGAUAAUCCUCCACGAAAUUAGUAAUGUCCGUAAUAUCAUACAAGUAACAUGGGCCUCUCUUUGUUCCAUUACACCCUGUGUUCUACACUGUUCUGUUUAUUCGUUGCUCCAGAAAUUAAGGCUGGAGAGGAUAUAACAGCCUGUUGUUCAACUGAAGAUGGAUGUUGUGGACCUGACUGGGGACUGCACUGCUGCAACUUUGUGGCAAAGAUUUGCUGUUACGGAGAUGAAAGAGUACUUUCACUGCAUCACCACAGUCACAGGCAUUGGCAUUGGAACAGCCAUUGGCUCCAAAUAACACUGUACAUACUGCUGUUAAUAGUGAUAAUGACAGGAAUCCUGUUAUGCUGUAAAGGUCACAGAAGACCAAGAGGCAUGAAUGAAUAUACAAUAUUAUCAGGGCAUGAAUACAGUUCUCCACAAAGUAGAUUACCAUCAGCUCCCAUCCUACAAGCCUUCCACACUACUGAUGAGUAUCCAUUAAUGGACUAUCACAAUGGUCAACCACAGGGACAUUCUCUGAAUGCAAAUCAAAUGGUACCUCCGCCACUAUACUAUGAGGCUGCUUGAAGAGACAAGAACUUUUUAUGUAUAAAGAAACUAUAUGACAAAUCAAUAAUCUUUUUCCUACUUUACACCAAAUACUGAAUUUGAAGAUAGCUAUGAGUACUUGAAAAAGACAAACUCAAAAUAUCUGGCAGAUUCUCAGUGUCAAUACUGUAUCAAAUACUAUUUAGAGAAAAAAGCAUGGUUAAAAUUGGGUAAAAAGUGCCCAGUGUGUAAUAAUAAUUUAUUUGCAUAACAUGCCACACUUUUUGUGUCCACAAACCAAAAAAAACUGCCAGUACUAUACAUACGUUAAACAAAUACUGCCAAAACAGAGCUUUAUUGAUUGUAAAAGCUCACAGAAAUUUUCCAAAACGUGAAUGCUCUGUAGUUGUCUAGCAUAUGGAAAUGUAUGUGCUAUCAACAU